AAUAAAAACUAACGAGCCAAACUAACUUUUACUUGUAACUGUAAUAGAUGGAUUCAGUGUGUCGAGUAAUAAUGAACGAUUGCUAAUGUGGAAUAGUACAUGCUGUCAAAAUGGCGACGACCUUGGUAAAGCUAGCCAGCAAGCUAGCAGUUGGUGCUGGUGCCGUGUAUGUGACCAUUGACCAGGGUGUGUGGAGCAACAGCAGCAAUGGCAGUCAGGCCCUGGAGAAGGUGAAGGGAUCUGUCCUGCCUGCUGCCAGUGAUUAUGCUAAACAGAUUCCAUCUUUAGAUGAUGUCAACAAUACAGUGUUAAGUGGCUGGAACUCAGGGGUGAAGACUGUGUUCCACUACGCGUCAUCAGCACCGGAUACAGCAGGGGAGUACAGCAAGAAGGCUGUGUCGUCGUCCCUCAACUUUGUGCGUGGAAACUGAUGAGGACUUGUUGUGUGUGGCAGAUAGCUGAAUGACUGGGAUUAGAUGCAUGUAUAAACAAAGGACAUUGAUCAGUGUAUAUAGCAGAGUGUAAUCCUUUAAACCAACGCUAAACUGUUUGGUUUGAGCUCAUUUCCUGAACUGUAAAGUGAAGCCUUGGACAGUUCUACAUACCAUCAUAUUCUAAA